CUCGCUCCUGCUCUUUCUCCUCUUCCCACACCUCAGAGCCAACACCAUGUCCGCAGGAGGAGAUUUUGGGAACCCAUUGAGAAAAUUCAAAUUGGUCUUCCUGGGGGAGCAAAGCGUUGGGAAGACAUCUCUGAUCACACGGUUCAUGUAUGACAGCUUUGACAAUACAUACCAGGCCACCAUUGGGAUUGACUUCUUAUCAAAAACCAUGUAUUUGGAGGAUCGUACGGUUCGAUUGCAACUUUGGGACACUGCCGGCCAGGAGAGAUUCCGCAGCCUAAUCCCCAGUUACAUCCGUGACUCCACUGUGGCAGUGGUGGUGUAUGACAUCACAAAUCUCAACUCCUUCCAACAGACCUCCAAGUGGAUUGAUGAUGUUAGGACAGAAAGAGGAAGUGAUGUUAUCAUCAUGCUGGUGGGCAACAAAACAGACCUAGCAGAUAAGAGGCAGAUAACAAUUGAAGAAGGGGAACAGCGCGCCAAAGAACUGAGUGUCAUGUUUAUUGAAACCAGUGCCAAGACGGGAUACAAUGUAAAGCAGCUAUUCCGACGUGUCGCAUCAGCUCUACCUGGAAUGGAGAACGUUCAGGAAAAAAGCAAAGAAGGGAUGAUUGAUAUCAAGUUGGACAAACCACAAGAGCCCCCAGCUAGUGAAGGUGGAUGCUCCUGCUAAUAUAGAGCCCUGGAUUGGUCAGCUUCAUUUGACACUACCCGCUUGUUGUGUUGCUUCCUAUUGGUUAGCUUCCUAAAAGAAAAAAAAAGUUUAUCAAGAUGGGAGGAUUUUUUUUUUCUCUCUGUCAAUUGUGGGUGGGUGGGAUUGGGGAGGGGGGUAGGGAUUGGGCUCAUGUCACUCUUAACAGCUGUUACUUAAACAACUAUUUUUUGGUUUGGUUGUAAUAUAUUGUACUUUAUUAAGAUUGCCAAAAACUGUUAAAAUUAAAAAAAUUUAAAUCAUGUGUAUACAACUUUUUGCCAGAUGAAAAUGUAGUCAUUUUUAUUUGAAAGAGGUUGGGCCUUUUGUUUUUGUAUAUUUGUAAACUUAUAGAGAAGAUUUUCCCCCCUUCCACAUUUUAUCCUUCCUGUAUCACUUGACUUCGCCCUGCCCCCAACAUCUUACUUCUUCCCAAACUCCUUAACCUCUCCUUCCUUCCUUCCCUCCCUCCCUCCCUCCCCACCCCAUCCUAUUCGUUAUAAAUAAAUAAAACCAGGCAACUUGAUUAAGCUCUGACCCCGGGCAAUCUGACCCAGAACAUGUCCCCUUAGUACAGACUUCAAGUGGUUAAAACCAAACACUGACUCUAAAAAAAGCAUGCUGCCAAGUACAGCUGUAAUUAUGUCUUUACUCCUCUUCUGUGGCCAUAUAUAUUUAUAUACAUGUAUAUCAGCUAUUGAAAUGGGCCUGGGCUCUAAGCCCUGAGCCUUGAAGAAAAGCUGCUUUGAUGGUCCAUGGGAAAUCUGGCAGCAGGCCUAACAGGAUCAAAAUCAACUUCCUAUUGCCCCUCCAUUCCACCCCCCUGAAAACCUACCGGGGGAGUCUGGAGUAUAUAUUGUUAAAUGGGACACAGGUUGGAUUUAAGGAGUAGGUGGACACUGGGAGAAAGCAGUUAUCUUGGCAAAUGUGGGUGGGACCAAUGUAAAUUUGACAGGCCGCAGAAAAUAUCCAUGAGCCUGAACAUUUUCCUGACCUAGCUGCCAAACUGAUAUACAUGUAUAUUUGGAUCCAUUAUAAGGGAUGUGCAGAAAGAAAAGAAAAUGUUUGAUGUUGAGCAGUGUACAACACUUGCUUUCUAUGUGAGUUCUGGAUGACUGGUGAACUCAAGAUCAGUGGGAUGAAGUGUGUCCCAAGCUCAUUAUUGUGUAUCAUACAGUAUUAUUCCAUACAUAAUUUUGGGGUGGGGGGGUGGGGAGGGCAUGGUAUCUGCAGAACUACUAUAGGAAUAAAUGUUUUUAGACCUUUAGUUGCUAAUAUUGUUGGGUACAGUUCUACAAAAACAUUAUUUCUUGAUGUUUUUCCAUUCCACUUGUGUAGUAUAAACAUGAGCUAUACGCACACACUGUCAUGAAUAUCAAGGUUUUACACUGUUGUCACUUUAUGGUAUGGUUGAGCUGCAGGGUCCUCAGGUGGCCUGCGUAGGGGGAGUGGUGCUGGUGACAUCCACUAAGAUGUCAAGGAGAGCUGUGCUUGCCAUUUUUGAUUCACUCCUGAGAAAGGCUUAGUCCCCAAGACCAUUGUAACACCUUUGGAAAUGUCUUUUAAAAGCUAACUAACAUUAUCCCUUGGGCCAGCCCUGCCCACUAGAGAUGGGCCCAUGAAGCCAAGGCCAAGGAAAAAUGAAAACUCAGUCUUAAAGAAAUCUGACUGUAUCCAAAACUAGAAAGUGUAACCCCCCAAACGGUCCUGAUGUAGAAUCACUUCAGGCAUUUUCACUGGGAGAUGGGAAAAAGAGGGGAAACAUCAUGGCAACCUUUUAUGGGCUAAUUGAAUUUCUUUAAGAAUCCCUCCAGAAGAGGGAGAUGUCUGAAUGAAAGCAUAUGUGAAAUGAACUUCUCAGAAACCAAUCCAAAAUGGCACCCAACAGUUACCAAGCAGAGGAGAACUCUGGAGGACCCUCUAACAUUUGUCCUAAGAGGUCUGCCCCCAUCAUUUCUGGUGCAUAGGGGCUGAUCUUGGAAGCGAAAUUUCCCUUCCGGUGAGGAGGAGGGUUCACAGACUUCCCAUGAGUUCCUCCCCCCAAAGGACAAAGAUCAAUGUGCUCACCAAAAUAAGAUGUGUCACGUGCUUAAUUUUUAUAUAUGUGUGUACAUAAGUAUAUAUACAUAGUUAGAUUGUGUAUAUGCCACACACAUGUACAUGCACGUGUGCAUGCGUGCACACACAAUGUAUAUUUUUGUUUCUCCUACUGUUAUCAAGUUGGAAUUUGCUUUGUGAUGACAGUCUUGGAAAAUGAAAAGUGCUACUACUGUCAAAAUGAGAGGUAAUUAAUAGUUGUCAGAUAACUUGUGAAUUGUCUUGCCAUCAAUAAACCAAUGCAUCGAUGUGUUCAACUAGAGGAAAAAUAUAGCACAUGAGAAUAUCUUCACAUUAUAUAUGCAUAUAUAUAAUAUGUACAUAUGUGUGUGUGGAUGCACGUGUGUGGAUGUGGCUCCAUGCAUACGCAUGCCGCACACUUUACAGUGGUGCUUGGUGGAAGAUCGCUUAGUUACCUCACAAUACCUUAAAGGCGUUCAUGUCCCUGGGUUACAACGUAUGGUCUUUUAUUUGCAGUGAAGUACUUGUGACCUCUGUCCCGGACAGAUUUGCAGUGAUCUCCACUGUGUGUUCAAUGAAUGAAUGUAUGGAUUCUUUUUGCAUCUUAGAGUAGCAUUUUUUUCUCUUGUGACAUUCCUGUAAAACAAGCCGAGAAAAAGACACUUCCCUUCACGCGUGCACAAAAUCAAGGAAACGGGAACCUGUUUCCAUUAGUAGCCAUAGAGGAACUAUGCUUGGUGCACGAUGGAAGAUAUAGCUUGUCUUAGUGUUGCCUGCAGCCAGCCAUGGUUUUCCAGGUGUGUACACAGCAAUUCCCUUUCUCUUUCCUGUACCCUUCCCUUCUCUCCCUCCCUAAUUUCUAACUCCCAUUUGAAUGCUCCUUUAAAGGUUAGGGCCUUUAUUUCUUCCUGUCUUAUGGAUUUCCAUUCCAUGACCUUUUCCUUUCUCUACACCCUCCUUGCAUAAUUCCUUUCUCGUGGACUAUUGUUCCAGCAAUCAAACCUCCUUCACAAAAGUGCAUUUCUCCUUCUUCUCCCAUCCUAACCAGGUAGCAUCACCAUGCUCUUGCUUGGAGAACCAGAGUGGAACCUUGAUUGAGAACACCCUGGGGUUUAAUUCUACCUCAGUGAUCUCUUGACUUUAUCUCGGGAUCUGAACCAUACUUGGUUCAAGAAGAAAGUGGAUCUGUUCCCCAGAAGAAAGCCUCAGGAGAAACCCCUCGAUAUCCCGAGAAAGAAUGGUUUACAAAUGCUAAAUCCAAAUAGGAUAGAGAAGGGCAAAGUUGAUACCUUUGUAGAGAUGACCUCAAUCGAGUUAGUGAUUGCAGUGAUUGCCCCUCAUAAGGACUGAGAAAAGAAGUUCCAGGUUGGACAGGGUCUUCAGCUGGUCCUCAAUAUUUGGGUUCCAGAAUGGCUAAGUUGAACUUCACAGGGAAUCAGGAUCAACAACAGUUCCAAGAUUGCAAGAUUUAAAGAAGUGUUUUGGGGGACCAAACCAGAAUCAAAAUUAGAUUAUCUAAUGGAACAUACAAGAGAGCAUAGUUGGGGAAACCUGUCGAAGGUAGCAUCAGAAAGUGAGUUAGUAGUCCAAACAUCAGAACUACAAUUAUGUACUCCAACUGGGGAGCACCUGAUCACCUCGGGUAUCCAGUAAGCUUAUAACCUUUUCUUUGAAUGGCUUCACCACCAUCAUUUCCACCCCUAAGCCAGCCACUCUGUUCCCUCCAUCAUAUCACAAGAUUCUUUAAUGAACAUUAAGCAGAAAUUAGUCUUAGCACCACCCCAGGGCAUAAAGCCACACAUAUAUGCUUAUGCUAACAUACAUCUCCUCACUCUGAUAUAUUCAAUAUAAAUCAGACCCCAAAGAGGGGAUUCAAGCUUCAGGUAGGAUUCUCAGUAUUCUCUGAGGUACCUUCCUAUACUCAGAUUCCAUCGUUCCAGGACAUAUAUGGGAACUAGAAAAAGAAAUGAGACUCCAGGAAAAAAAAGAACUCAGAACUCUUAAGUCUUUGAAUGAUAUUCUCCUUGUAGUUCAUCCACACUGGCCUUGAAUUAAAAACAGCUGAUUUCUAAAUAGUCAAGUUAAAAGCAUACCAUAAAGAAACUUCAUCCAUUGAAAGGUUUUAUUACGUAACCGACAGACCUUUUUAUGUCUUAUCCUAUAAGAUGAGAAGUAGGGGGAAAAAGGAGGUAGUAUCAUCUUAAAUGACUGACUAAAACAUUGAAAACUAGGCUAGGGAAAUAGGGGAAGGAUAUUAUCAGAAGACACAAUGUCAAUACAUAGUCUCUAAGAAUAGCUAAAUGGUAGCCACAAAUUCUUGGAUUUCUAGACUAUCUUUUCCCCAAAGAAUGAAAAUGUUUUCCUGUCUCUUAAUUAUUCUUGAUGCAUUUCUACAAGAGGAAAUAGGAAUUUUAAUUCUCCCUAUUUCACAGAUAGGAAAAUUGAGAAUAAAGUGAUCUGCCCAAAGUUAUACAAGUCAGAUAUUGUUCUGGUCUCAAAAGCCAGGACUCCUUAUUCUUCAUCCAGGGCCCAUUUAUUUGUGUAUAAUUGGGGCUCUAGAUUUAUAUAUAGAUGGUAUGUCUACAUGUGGAUUAUAUAUAGAAUACAUAUUUUAGAGCCUUUAUGCUUGGGGUAAUAGGUGGAAAUAAAGUCUUAUAGUCAUUUCUUUAUUCAACUUGAUAAGUAGGAAACAGAUUAUACCCAGCAUGUUCAUAAGUUGGGAGAUAAUACAAGAGAGAUUUGGACUCCACUCCAAAAGAAGGUGGCUUUCCAUGAUCAUUCUGAUAUCCCUGAAGAUGGAUAAAAAGAUUAGCAGACCCUCAGUAUUGGCCAAUGACCUAAAUUUCUUAAUGAUAUCCAACCUGAAGCGUGUGGAUGUCUAAGAUUUGGAUAAAUUUGUUUUCUAGUAAGAUAUUUCUAGAUUCCAGCCAUCUUGGGUCUUGAUGUAUAAAUUCACCCGACUCUGAACCCACUUUAAGCAAAUUAGUGUGGCUGAGCAUAACUCUCUAAGUCAGCCUCAGGAGAGGGAGCCAGGGCACCAUCUGGGUAGUGCUACAUAAGCAUCAAGUCAUCGUUUCCAUAGCAUGGACAUUAGUCUACAUCUUGAUGUGUGUACUGAGGAGCUUUGAGUCAUCUUUUUCCUUCACUAUCCUCUUGCCUCCUUCCCUCAUUUCCUUCCUCCCAAUCCUCCCCUGUAACGUGGCUGGCCAUUGGAAGCUCUGAUGGUGGUAUGUCCGUCUCUUACUGGCUCAGGAGGUACAAGUGGCCAUAUUGACUUUCCAUAAAACUGUGUAAAAAAAAAAUUGAAGACUUAGCAUGUUGGUCAAUCAAACAAUAAACUGUCUUAAUUCUCAAAUA